UUAUAGUUUUUUAGAUUACGAUUCACAUCUGGCGUUCAUUUUGUAUCAACCACGCCGACUGCCGUGGGUUAAAGAAAUUGGAAAAUUAAUCCCACGCGCCGGUAGCUUGCGUGUGGUGAUCUCUAGAAUUGUACAAUAUAAACCCCAUGCCAUCACCACCACCUCCGGCCCAUCUCCUUCCAAUCCAAACAUGCCCCCACCACUAAUCCUGCUCGUCCUCCUCCUGCUCCCACGCGCCGCCAAUGGCGAGUGGGGCCUCCUCCACCCGAACAUCGGCGUAUCCGCCAUGCACAUGCAGCUCCUCUUCACCGACCGCGUCCUCAUCUUCGACCGCACCGACUUCGGCGCCUCCAACAUCUCCCUCCCCGCGGGCAGGUGCCGCCGCGACCCCAACGACACCGCCCUCCCCGUCGACUGCACCGCCCACUCCGUCGAGUACCACCCGGCAUCCAACUCCGUCCGCCCCCUCACCGUGCUCACCGACACCUGGUGCUCCUCCGCCGCCGUCCUCCCCAACGGCACCGUCCUCCAGACCGGCGGCUACAACGACGGCGAUCGCGCCUCCCGACUCUACAAGCCCUGCGCUGCCGCUGACGCCUCCUGCGACUGGCAGGAGAUCAACCCCGCCCUCGCGCUGCGCCGCUGGUACGCCACCAACCACAUCCUCCCCGACGGCCGGGUCAUCAUCGUCGGCGGCCGCCGCCAGUUCAGCUACGAGUUCUACCCGAGGAGAUCCGAAGCCGAGAGGCCGCGCAACCUGCCGUUUCUUGUUGAGACGAAUGAUCCUAGGGUUGAGAAUAACCUCUACCCCUUCGUUUUCUUGAAUGUGGAUGGAAAUCUCUUCAUUUUCGCCAACAAUCGAGCUGUUUUGCUCGAUUACGCCAAAGGCGUGGUGGUGAAGACUUACCCGACCAUCCCCGGCGGGGAUCCGAGAAGCUAUCCCAGCUCCGGUUCUGCAGUUUUGCUGCCAUUGAAGAGCAGCUCCGCAGCUCAAGUUUUGGUGUGCGGGGGUGCCCCUAAAGGAGCAUUUCUCAGCGGUAAUAAUGGAAACUUCGUGGCGGCGCUGGACACAUGCGGUAGGAUUCGAAUCAAUGACCCGAACCCCCAGUGGGCCAUGGAGACCAUGCCCGGUCCGCGGGUCAUGGGGGAUAUGGUUUUGUUACCCAAUGGUGAUGUCUUGAUCAUCAACGGGGCUGGUUCGGGCACGGCCGGAUGGGAGUUGGGUAGGGACCCGGUUCUCGCGCCGGUUAUCUACCGACCCGACAAUCCGGUCGGGUCGAGAUUCGAGAUCCAGAGCUGGAGCGCCACUCCCAGAUUGUACCACUCGACCGCAAUAUUACUACGUGAUGGGCGGAUCCUGGUGGGCGGCAGUAAUCCUCAUAUAUUCUACAAUUUCACGGGAGUUGAAUUCCCAACCGAUUUAACUUUAGAAGCAUUCUCUCCUCCUUACUUGAACUCAUCGUUUGCUCGCACGCGGCCGCAGAUUAUUUCUCCGGCCUCACAGUUCAAAAUUGGGUACGCGCAACAACUGGUAGUAGGUUUCAGCGUGGGCUCGGGUCAAGUUGAUGGGGAUUCGGUUAUAGUUACAAUGGUGGCACCCUCAUUCGCAACUCACUCGUUUUCGAUGAAUCAGAGGAUGUUGGUGCUAGGUGGAGGGAACGUAACGCUAAACGCCAGUUCGAAUCAAAUUCGGGUCGUCACACCGGGUUCGCCCAAUCUUGCACCACCCGGAUACUAUCUUUUGUUUGUGGUUCAUCACAAUAUUCCUAGCGAGGGUAUUUGGGUCCAAAUAAAUUAAAGGAUUUUAGAUAUAUACGUACAUUCUUUUGUUAAUAUCAUAUACAUCAAAAGAUUGGAUUGACUUUAUAGGAUCGAUCAGGAUAAGUGUGUGAUUUCUGUUUUGGUUUUGUUUUGUGAUUUAUUGUUUUUUUAUUUGCAAAUGCAAUGAAAAUUGAUGGUUUGUUGCGUGGUGGAGUAAGUCGCAACCACGAUCCUUUUCCUCCCCAAUCAAGAAAUGAAAAUAUUAGUCGUUUGCCACUUCA